GCGGCCGCAUCUCCUGCUCUGGCUCUUGGGGUGCUGGGCGGCCGCAGGGCCGAGGGCGUGGCUGGUUCUGUGGCGGCCGCGCGGAGUCAGUCGGGCGGGAGGCAGCAACGCAGGGUGCUGGGCGGCCGCGCCUUCCCGCCAGGCGGUUCAGAGUGCGCGGCCGGGCGCCUCGGCGGCACGCCCUCCCCGCCUAAAUGGCCUGCGCCCGGGGACCGGCUGUCGUGGCGACUCCAUCCCUGUUUGCCCGCAGAGCCCGCAGGCCCCGUGUAUCCGAUGCCCCAGGGUGGCCGGCUCAGAAGAAAGAUGAUGACAUAGAAGAAGGAGACCUUCCAGAGCACAAGAGACCCUCGGCACCUGUUGACUUCUCAAAGCUCGAUCCAGGCAAGCCUGAGAGCAUCUUGAAAAUGACAAAGAAAGGGAAGACUCUGAUGAUGUUUGUCACCGUGUCAGGGAACCCUACAGAGAAGGAGACAGAGGAAGUCACCAGCCUGUGGCAGGGCAGCCUGUUCAAUGCCAACUAUGACGUUCAGAGGUUCAUUGUGGGGUCAGACCGUGCUAUCUUCAUGCUCCGGGAUGGGAGCUACGCCUGGGAGAUCAAGGACUUCUUGAUCAGUCAAGACAGGUGUGCUGAUGUCACUCUAGAGGGACAGGUGUACCAUGGCAAAGGAGGAGGAAGCAAGGAGAAAAACAAAACAAAGCCAGAGAAGGGUAAAAAGAAAAAGGAGGGUGAUCCCAAGCCACGAGCUUCUAAGGAAGACAAUCGAGCUGGGAGCAGAAGAGAAGACCUCUAG